AUGGAUGCCCGUCUGCGACGUGUGAACAAGGAAAUUGCUGAUUGCAAGAACGAUAAAACUUCUGGCAUUAAAAUUGAACUCAUUGACGAAUCGCCAUUUCAUCUGAAAGGCAUCUUUCCAGGCCCAGAGGGUACGCCUUACGCAGGUGGCACGUUCCUAGUCGACAUCAUCAUUCCCGAAUCAUAUCCUUUUCAGCCGGUGAAGAUGAAGUUCAUAACGAAAGUUUACCACCCGAACGUUUCCUCUGCUUCAGGCGCCAUAUGUCUUGAUAUCUUGAAAGACGCGUGGUCGCCAGUUUUGACGCUCAAAUCCACGCUGAUUUCCUUGCAAAGCCUGCUUUGCAGUCCGGAGCCGAAUGAUCCGCAGGAUGCGGAGGUGGCGAAACACUUCACGACCAGCAAGGGAAGCUUUGAGGACACCGCUACAUACUGGACACAGAUCUAUGCUGGGGGACCCGGCAAGAAAGGCGCAUCUACCGCGUCAGGCGGUGGGGACGGAAAGGAUGAGGUGGCUAUGGCCGGCUUAGAGAAAGCCCAUGUAGACCAAUUUGAGGCUCUGGGUUUCCAGCGGGGCAAAGUAAUUGACGUUUUGAGAAGACUAAAUUAUCGCGGCAAGAAUGUUACGCAGAUAUCGGAGGAUAGAGUAGUCGAGGAGCUAUUGAAGUGA